CCUGUAAACACCACAGUUUAGCAUGGAAGCGUACUGUAACUACUGAGGCUAACGUGGUUAAACCUGGACAUGUUGCAACGCUAUCGUUUUGAAUUAUAAACAGUUGUAUGCCAUUGAAGACAGAAUGGAGAAAAAUAUACAGAAUCUGCCUAUCGACAUCCAAAACAGUAAACUUCUGGACUGGUUGGUUGACCGGAGACACUGCACACUGAAAUGGCAAAGUGCCAUGUUAGAGAUCCGAGAGAAGAUCAACGCAGCCAUUCAAGAUAUGCCAGAGAAUGAGGAGAUUAAACAGCUCCUGUCGGGAUCCCACAUCCAUUACUUUAACUGCCUCAGGAUAGUGGAAAUUCUGAGAGGGACCGAGGCAUCCUCCAAGAACAUCUUUGGAAGAUAUUCAUCUCAGAGGAUGAAGGACUGGCAAGAAAUCGUGUCCUUGUACGAGAUAGACAAUGCUUACUUGGCGGAAGUGGCUAGCCUGAUGGUGCGCAGUGUGAGCUACGAGGGCCCUGCCCUGAGGAAGCAGGUGGCCAAAGCCCAGCAGCUGCAGCAGGAGCUGAGCCGCCGCGAGGUGGAGUGCCAGAACUCAGCCGCCGUCAUGAGGGAGCAGUACUAUGCUGCCUGCAAGCAGUACGGCAUCACGGGGGAUAAUGUGGCCAGGGAGCUCCAGGCCCUGGUGACGGACCUGCCCACCACGCUGGGGGAAAUCGGGAAGGACGCCGCCUGUCUGGGCGAGCUCAUCCAGCUGUACACGGCCUUCGCACAGUUUGUCUCAGACUGGCAGGAGCCCAUUCUGCCCAUGCUACAGUUUAUUCAGCAGAAGGGCAACACCACAGUGUACGAGUGGCGGACGGGGAAGGAGCCCGCGGUCAUCGAGAGGCCCGUGGUGGAGGAGGCUCCACCUGACACCGUCACAGAGGAAGUGAUCGAUUGGGGUGACCUAGGCGCAGGAACAGACUCGGCCGAUGUGAACUUUGGGAUCACCGUGGAGGACGGAGUGGACUGGGGCAUCAGUCUGGAUCCUGGGGCAGAGGAAUCUGGUGCAGGUGGGAUUGACUGGGGGGAGAGUGGCGAGAGUGCCCCUAUAGAGAUCGAAGUUGUCGACGCAGGAACAGAUUGUCCAGAGGGCGUGGCGAGGGGUGAAGAUGCAUUGACUCUGCUAGAAACCCCACACACACGGAGCCAGUUCAUUGAUGAGCUGAAGGAGGUGGAGAUGUUCCUGCUCCAGCGUCUGAGCGAGAUGAGCGUGGAGGGCGACGUGGUCUCCAUGAGCCAGUUCCAGCUGGCGCCCUCGGUGGUCCAGGCGCAGACGGCGGCGCGCGUGGCGGCCAUGCUGGCCGAGGUGCGCUCGCUGGUGACGCGGCUGACCUCGCUGCGCAUGCAGCACCUCUUCAUGAUCCAGGCCUCGCCGCGGUAUGUGGAGCGUGUGUCGGAGAUGCUGCGUCAGAAGCUGAAGCAGGCGGACAUUCUGCUGCUGAAGCGGACGAACCUGGCGGAGAAGAGACAGGAGGCGCUGGAGGAGCAGGCCAAGCUGGAGCCCCGCGUCGACCUGCUGGCCUCACGCAUCCAGGAGCUACGCAAACUGAUUGAAGCAGACAUUUCAAAGCGCUACAACAACAGGCCAGUUAACCUGAUGGGUGUCAAUAUUUGACCAGAGACGGUGUUAUUUCAUAUUAAUAAAUAUUUUAUUGGAUGACCAGACUCGCGCAAUGAUCUCCUCUUAAAAAACGGGUCGUUAGCCAACAGAAGAAGAGGAGGGAGACGGAUAAUGAUUUCACUCUGAAAACCCCUUUGAAUGCUAAUCAAGGCCAACCUUGAACCUUCAGCUCCAACGCAUUCCGCAUAAUUGCUUUCAAAAGCAUUGUUAAAAAAAAUGUGAUCAAUGAUCAAAUCCUAACUAACAAGAGAUGCUUUUAUAGAUGUCUGUUAUAGAUGUCUGUCUAGUGUGUAGCCAGAAACACGUCACGGGUUCAUCCUCUCAUUCUCAUUGCAGUCCUCACCUCCCUUUGUGUGGGUGAGAAUGCAAUUGAACGGUAGCUGGCUGGGUGGCGUGGAUGGUAGAUGGUGGUGUGGGGGGGCAAGUAGUGCCCCUCUCGCGGCCCCAUGGCGGCUGUUCUCAUGCGUGCCCAUGACUCCUCAUCAAGGCGCGGCGCUCGGAAAUGACACGCCUCAUUACCAGUCGCGUCGCGUGGUCUCGUCCGCGGCCACAGCGGAGCCGGGCACAGCAAUGCCCCCCGGCGGGGGCGACGACGCUGAGCGAUGACUCCGCGUAGAUAGAACGGCAUUCUCACCUCACUUACACACACACACACACACACACACACACACACACACAGACUCUUACGCAUACACUCACACACACACAAACAAACUGAUACACAGUGGAGCAUAGAGCCUUAACUGUAUGUGUUAGUUGGAAAAGUGCUGUGGUUUACAUGCACAAGGUUGUGCUCUGAUGGAAAUCUUAAGGUCAUCAAACACUGAAUGGUCUUUACUGACCGGUUCUUCUCAGAGCGCAUGUCAUGGCUCUACUCAGAAUCUCCGUGCAGACGAGCCACAAGCUAUUUGUAGUAAAAACGUUUUCAUCAUUGGCUGAGUGGAGGAUGGUGAUUAUGUGAAAUGGUAGCAUUAAACUGGAGAUAUCUUGUGUGCAAUUAGUCCAAUUUAAUGCAGUUUGUAAUUGAUAAUUGUGAGUAAACAUAUUUUUCUAAUCCUGUCUAUUGAAAUGUUAAGUUUGCUUUUCCUCAUCAUUUGGCAUUGAUCUUCAGUGUAACCCAUUUUGAUAA